GGAUCGGGGCCCGCCGCGCGGCCAGAUGUUUGCCAUCCAACCAGGGCUAGCUGAGGGGGGCCAGUUCCCAGAGGGUCCACCUCCUGGGAUCUGCCAGCCCGAACUCCAACCAGACAGCAACUCCAACUUCAUGGCAAGUGCCAAGGAUGCCAAUGAAAACUGGCACGGGAUGCCAGUCAAGGUGGAAGCCAUUCUGAUGGGCAGCUCCCCUGAAUCGCCCUCCGACAACCAGGCCUUCCACGUCUCUGGGCUCCCUGAGGAGGAGGUUCGCAGUCCCCCAGAAGGGGCAGAGAUUCCCAGGGCUCAGUCUGAGAAGAUGGGGCAUGUCGGCACGGCCUGCUCCCCGCUGGAGGACAACGGCUAUGCCAGCAGCUCUCUGAGCAUCGACAGCCCCAGCAGCAGCAGCCCUGAGCCUGCCUGUGGGACUCCUGGAGAUCCUGGCCCCUCAGGCCCCCUUUUGCCCUCCGUGGCCAAGGCAGUGCAACAGCUGCAGGCUCAGGAGCGCUACAAGGAGCGGGAGAAGGAGAAGCACCACGUGCACUUGGUGAUGUACCGUCGCCUGGCCCUGCUCCAGUGGAUCCGAGGCCUGCAACACCAAUUGGUUGACCAGCAGGCCCGCCUCCAGGAGAGUUUUGACACCAUCCUAGACAACCGAAAAGAGCUUAUCCGCUGUCUCCAGCAGAGGGCAGCACCAUCCCAGGACCAGGGCUAAGAGCCCCUUCCCUCCUGGAGAAGAGAUCCAGCUAGCCCGCUGCCCACUGUCUAAGGGUUGUGCCACUCCUCCCUGCUCCCUCCUAGGAUUUUCCGGGCCACCUCUCCUUACCCCUUCCCGCGUCCCCUGGCCCAUCCCAGACUCGCUCUGCAAAGGCUGUUGUCUCUAAUGGCAUGUUUGUUGGUGUCUGGCCUGCCGUGGCAAUUUGGCAGUGAUUUUGUCAGGGCAGUUAGUGGAGAAUUGGUAUGGGGAAAACAGGGGUGAGGCAGGAAGAGGGGGUCAUUGAGAGACCAUGACAGAGGGAGGGAUCAAAGAAGGAGGCAGGUGACUGUCCCUCUAAUUCUGCCUUUAGGCACGUCAUGGGGACAUGGGGAAGGUGCCAGUGGCAGACCCUGUAAACAACGGGAAUUCUGAAAUUCCAGUUUCCAAGUGAGCCAGACCUCUUUACCAUAGAAGGAACGGUUUGAAGCCAUCUUGACUUUGAACUUGUGAUGAAAAGGAAUGUUUGUGUUUAUGAGCACGCAAGUGAUGGACUGGGUAUUGAGGGGGGCAAAAACCCUCUGCCCUCACAGUGUCUGUGCCGUGCUGUGCCUCCCUGGCUGUAGCAACACUGAAUGUCAAAUUGAUUGGUCCCUUUGCCCUGAAAUCAGACUGUCUUGGCUGGGAGGAGCUAGAACUUGGCUUUCAGGGGACAGCAGAGCCUCUGGAAGCUUAGGGUGCUUCCAUCACUGCAUGAUGUUGACAAGACUCCAGCAAAGGCUCUGUGAGGUGGAAUAGGGUGAAUUCCCAGGAGAACCAAGGACUUGGCCAGCUUUCUGUUUCACUUCUGGGAGCCAAGAGGACGCAAGAUCUUGAUGGAUGAGCUGAAAGGGACCCAAGGAAGAAGUGCUGAUCCAGGGAUGGGAGGAAGACAUUGCCCCUGGCAAAAUGGGCGGCUCGCCCAGUCUAAGGGUUUCUGUCCCUGUUGGGUAGGAGAAAGGUGUGAGGAGUAGGUGAGGGGUGAGCUUGGGGCUGUGUGUCAAACUUCUGCAUGACGGUAUGAAUCUGGCCUAUGGAGCAAUCCAGGACAAAUAAACUGGCGGAACAAU